CUUGGAGUCCUUAACCUAGGAGUAUCUCGUUGCUUUCAUUUCCUUUUGGACUUCUCUCUGUCUCAAUAUCAGCCGCUGCACUUUCUUCAAUCAUCGUUUCUCAUUGAAGCUCUGCUCUCUCUGAUCUACUCUAACACGAGAUGAAGGUUGUUGCUGCAUAUCUUCUGGCUGUUUUGGGAGGGAACACCAGCCCCUCAGCUGAUGAUGUGAAGAAUAUUCUUAGCUCAGUUGGAGCUGAAGCUGAUGGUGAUAGGAUUGAGUUGCUAUUGUCCCAAGUAAAGGGCAAAGAUAUUACUGAGCUAAUUGCGUCUGGAAGGGAGAAGUUGGCAUCUGUUCCCUCUGGUGGUGGUGCAGUUGGUGUUGCCGCACCUGCAGCUGGUGGUGGUGGUGGAGCAGCUACUGCUGCUGCUGAGCAGAAAAAGGAGGAGAAGGUAGAAGAGAAGGAAGAGUCUGAUGAUGAUAUGGGUUUUAGCCUUUUCGACUAAGAUAUUCUCUUUUAUGGUGGUUGGCUUUUAUCAAGACUUAAGACAACUCCAUUACGAUUUUAGAUCAAUCAAAUGUUACUAAGUUUUCAGUUUGUAGUUGGAUAUGGCUCAAGAUCUCUAUAAUUUUUUAUUUUUGUUUACAUAUUAAGGUUGAUUUUUGAAUUUCAUCUUUUGGUGUCA